UGCCCAAGCCAUCGUCUUGCCAUGUGGCAAUGUUUGCCCAAACCGGUGAGCGGAUCAGCGAUUACGAGGUGCUGAAACUUCUCGGCCGCGGCAGUUUUGGAGUUGUGCUCUUAGUGAGGGACUCGCAAUGGCAAGAGUUAGCCUUGAAGCUAGUGCCAUGCGACCACCUGGAUGACAGAGACGCUGCAAAUGCUGCAGCUACAACUUUAGCGGAGGCUCAGCUUUUACAGCGGCUUCGCCAUCCUCACAUUGUUAGCUGCUACGAUGUACAGUUUGAUCCCUCCAGGAAGUGUGUGUGGCUAGCUCUGGAAUUUAUGGAUGGUGGUGAUCUUGGGAAUAACAUCAAGGCACGGCGGCUGCACAAAGAACCACCAUUCAGCGGCCAGUUUCAGCAGCGUGUUCUCUCCAUGGUUGGCAGUGCCCUGCAUUACAUCCACUCCCAAGGGGUCCUGCACCGAGACGUGAAACCUCCAAAUUUGCUGGUAGAUUGCCACAUGCAGCAAGUGAAACUGGCAGACUUCGGCGUUUCCAAAAUUUUGGAAACUUCUGGCUAUGCAGGAACGGUACUGGGGACUCCAGCGUACCAUCCUCCUGAGUUGGCCUCUGGAAAGCCAUAUGGGCGACCAGCGGAUGCCUGGGCAUUUGGUAUUUGUUUGUACGAACUGGCCUCGCUCCAGCGGCCGUUUGAUGCGUCGAAUCAGCUGGCCCUCGUGUGGCAGAUUGUGGAGCAUCAGCCGCCCGCUUUGCCUUCGGAAACUCCACCAGACAUGGUCGAAAUCAUCCGUGGACUUUUGCAGAAGGAUCCGGAGCAGCGCUUGCGCUUGGAGGAUUUGGGCUUCGCUGUGGAGGCGAGCUCCCCAGGUCCAGGUGGACCUGAUGCCAAUCAUGACGCGCCAUGCCCCACUUGGUCAAUGAGUGACUCUGGAGCUUACGAAGCAGUUCCUGAAGCAGGUUAUGAAAGAGGCUUUCAUAAGGCAAUCAGCGACGAGCAGGUACCAACACCGCCUGUUGCUCCAAUUUCCUUGCAGCACCUGGCAACUGAUGGCAGCGACCUAGAGGAGGUGAUGCUGGUAGAUACGCCAAUAUCCCCGACCACUCCUCGUUUGCGCACUGAAGGUCUCACUGCCUUUGCAGAGCGUUCCCCGACAACACCACGACGAAAUUGGCUCAGCCGCCUUGGCCGUGGACUUCGUUACGGAGUGCUUGGUGGUACAAGUGGACGGGACGAGGCUGUUGUAUCAGCGUUCAAAGAAGAGGAAAUUGCCGACUGAAGCUGUCGAUGGGCAGUCGACUUGAUGUCGCGUGCAGAUGCGAAGCGCUCUUUUGUUGAGGACCUUCGAACGUUUUAGAAGGCAUCAUUUCUAAAUGUGAGUUCUUCUUUUCUAAAUUUAAUGGAAAGUGUACGCAAAAUGCGCUGACUGUGCUGACUGCGUUGACUUUGAGACUUUCCGACGAGAUUAUCCUGUAGAAACGCGUAGAAAUAGUCAACUGACUUUGUGAAAACAAAUUUGAACAAAUCGUGGUACUAUGGACUCCCAAGGCUCUGCGGAGCAGAGUCAGCUCUUUAGCUACCGGGCGGCUUAGUGUCCGCUUGUACAGCCGGGGCUCGAGCUUGUGUGCCCUGCCACUCAUCGAGUUUGAUAUCCUUUGACUCUUCG